CUUUUCUUUCCAUCUUUUAUUUUAUUUCCAUUGAAUACAUACUUUCUUUCCUAUGGGACUCUUCAAUUUGAAAAAACGACUGAAAACACAAAAGAUAUCCAGUAAUAUAUAUACAAAUGAACAUCAUGAUUUAUCAAAUCAAGUGAAUCGAAUAGAAGACAUUGAUUUUCGCGCAAGUUUAUUGGAGGAUAUUUUAAAAGAAUUACCAUCAUUCACAAGACAACAAUAUUAUGAUCAUCAACAAGACAACGAUGAUGAUAGUCGAGAACAAAAGAAGACUCCUGCAGUGGUGGCAUCGGAGCAUGAACCAAAUGUGAAUCAGGAACACAGUCCAAGCGUCGAUGCGGGUCCUACUAGUUUAUCACAUUCUCUAAGCGCCCCUUUUUCGCCAUCAUCUAGUUUAUCCAAUGAAGAAUAUAAUCAUCAACCAUCAUCACCUAGUUUGCCACCUCUUUAUGAAUUAUUUGGAAAACAUCGUCAUCACAAUGAAAUACAAGACAAGAAAGAAAAGAAAAAAGAAGUUAUUCAAAUGAAUAGAUCAUCACCUCCCUCAGUAUCUGUUUUGAAUCAACCUGCUCGAUCAUCUUAUCGCUCUUUGAUCGUUGAUACUGGUUUGCAUCAGAGACCAACAUUUGAAGAAAAAAUCCAUCAAGGAAAAGAAAAUGUCAAAAUGAAUAAAGAUCAUGAUCAUCCUACUGUGAUUGAAACAAAUGAAGGAUUACCUACAGCUACGUUGUCACGAUUUUCUUUCCCUGAUCGAUUAAAGAAUGAAUUACGACUAAUAAAAUCACGAAAAACAAGUCAUUCCAUGCCUGAUAUCUCGAUUAUUAGGCAUAAUUGGACAAGUAAAACAACGAAUAGUAAUAAUAAUGAUGAUGAUGGUGAUGAUCAAUAUUGUCAUCAUCAGCAUCAUCAUUAUCAUCCAUGUUCAUCCCAUUUCAAUUCUCCACAAAACAAUAUUAAUCUUCAAUCUUGUAUGUACCAUUAUAAUCAACAUCAACAUCAUCAUCAUUAUUAUUAUUAUCAUCAACAUCAACAACAUUCAACUUCUUCUUUUAUUAUACACCAUCAUCACCAUCAUCAUCAUUAACAUCAUCAUUAACAACAUAUUUAUGUGUUACGUAAAUCAUCUUACUUUCCAAAUAGGGUAGUUGAUUGUAGUACUAUGUCAAAAGGAGCUCAAAAUGUUUUUUAGUAGUGAAAAUUCUUUAUAGGAAGAGAAUGAAGGGGAAUUAAAAGAAGUAUAAUAGUUAAUAGUAAUAUAAUAGUAGUGAUAGUAAUAGUAGUAUUUUAAAAAGAAAGGGGAGCUUUUAAUAAAUACCCCUUAGAAAUUAAUAAAAAGAAAA